AUGACGGGGCCUAUUAAAGAGGAAAACGACCAACAAAAGUUGGCACGGACUGCUACCGGUCAAGAGGAGAGCAACCAACGUGCAAUUCAACAGGCGCGGGCUGCUCAGGCCUCUGGGUCUGCUCAGGGCCAGCAACAAUUCUCCCAGGCGGACUUGAACAGAAUUCUCCUCGAGUACCUCAACAAGAAAGGUUACCACCAAACAGAAGCUACUCUCAGGAACGAAAGCACCAAGAUCCCCGGUGCUCCAACAAUUCCCGUGAGCCCAUCGACAACCAGUUUUCAAAAGCCAGAAACAGUGGUGUCCACUAGAUCGAACAUCCAUUACCAACAGCAACAGUAUUUACAACAACAAAACGCUUCCAAACAGAGACAAUUCGACGAAGAUCCCCAGAUUUUUGGCAGAGCGUACCUCAUGUACCGUUCAUGGUGCGAAAACUCGCUGGAGAUGUACAAAGACGAGCUUGAGAAGUUUUUGUAUCCGGUUUUCGUGCAAAGUUACUUGACGUUGAUCCAACGCGGUGAAACAGACAGUGCACGGACUUUUUUCGAAAAGUUCCACAACGACCACCUCUUGUCCCAUAGUUACGAGAUUCGCUCGUUGGCUGGUAUCUCGUUGCCUGACCAUUUGGAGGAGAAUGAGAUUGCCCGGCUAUUUCGCACCGAGAAGUAUCACAUUACUGUUUCCAAAGUGUCCAUGAACCUGAUUUUGAGUUUCCUUAAUGAAAAUGAAGCCAUUGGCGGAGGAAUCAUUGUCAGAUUCAUCAACAAUACAAUGACCAUAACAACCCAGGUGGAAGUCACAACCCAAAAAGAGAACAGCGGCGAAACGACGGAGGGAAUUGCCGCCAUCUUCCAGUUGUUGAACGAGGAGUCUGACAGAACCAGAAAGGACGCCGAUUCUACGGACGCUUUUAACAGCAAGACUGUCAAGCUUGGAAAAUUCCCUGACGACCCGGAGUUUACCAAGGAAUUGGAAGCAGAGAUCCAACAAAAAGACGAGGCCCAGAAAGAUCAGAACCACGACAAGACCCUGAUGCAGGAAUACGAAGAAAACUUCAAGACUGAUCCGGCCAGCGAAGACGCCCCAAGCAGAGACCUUCUUCCAUUGCCCCAAAAGACAGCCUUUGACUUGAAACAGGCAUUGACCAAGAUUCAGGAUUCGAGAGCUAAAAUAAAGCUCAACGCUAUCCAAGCGUCGCUGCCAAGUACCUGCAUGUACACUUUCCACAACACCAACAACGACAUGACCUGCGUGGAGUUCAACGACGACUCCACCAUAGUGGCCGGUGGAUUCCAGGACUCUUUCAUCAAGCUUUGGAGUAUUGAUGGUUCUCCGCUCAACUCUGUUCUCAAAAACGAUACCUACGACCAGACAACAGAUGGAUGUCGUCGGUUGGUGGGACAUUCCGGUGCUGUGUAUGGAUUGGGAUUCAGUCCAGACAACCACUACCUUUUGUCGUCGUCCGAGGACAAGACAGUGAGACUGUGGUCGAUGGACACAUACACUUCGCUUGUAUCAUAUAAAGGUCACAACUCUCCUGUUUGGGACGUCAAGUUCUCUCCUCUGGGCCACUAUUUUGCAACUGCUUCGCAUGACCAAACAGCCAGACUGUGGUCAUGUGAUCACAUCUACCCGUUGCGUAUUUUUGCUGGCCACCUGAACGAUGUGGACGUUGUUGAAUUCCAUCCAAACUCUACGUAUCUGUUCACCGGAUCGAGCGACAAGACUGUGCGGAUGUGGGAUAUUGCCAGAGGUGAGUCUGUGCGUAUAUUCAUUGGACAUAACAUGGCGGUGAACGCUCUGGCAGUGUCUCCAGACGGAAGAUGGCUGGCCACUGCUGGCGAGGACUCCGUGAUCAACAUGUUUGACAUCUCGUCGGGACGAAAACUCAAAUCUAUGCGUGGACACGGUAGAUGUUCUAUCUACUCUUUGGCUUUCAGCAAAGACGGCUCUGUUCUUGUGAGUGCUGGAUCCGACAACUCUGUUCGUGUUUGGGACGUUAAGAAGGGCACCAUGGAGAGUAACAACCCACAGCCAGAGAAGUUCACGCUGGAAUCUGUUGCUGCUGCCAAAAACGGCGACACGUCCACCAACGCAGAGACGCAAGACCAGAGAUAUCAAAGACGUCAGGAGGAGAUGCGCAAACGCAAGGAGUUUACUGCUACACAGGACCACAUGGCGGUGUAUUUCACCAAAAAGACGCCGGUGUACAAGGUUCAUUUUACACGGAGAAACCUGUGUUUGGCAGCAGGUGUUUUCAAUGGCUAA